AUGGCCAUGGCGCCCCCCGCUCAUGAUAUCUAUGGGCACAGCGACGAACUAAGACCACAACAUUCACGGGAUAACUCCCGGGAUUCGGGCAUCUUUCACACAACUAAAGGCCUCUGGAACGGCCCGGGACAGAAUAAUUGCUUCUUGAAUAGCGCUGUUCAGGUACUAUGGCAUCUGGAUAUUUUCCGGCGAAGCUUCCGUGAGCUGACCGGUCACGCGUGCCUUGGACCAUCCUGCAUCUUUUGCGCUUUAAAGGAGCUGUUUGCCCAGUUACAAUGGUCUGCAGAGCGCGCGCCGGCUGCCGAUGGGCUCCGGAGGGCCUUGGGCGGCGGGGGAGCUCGUUUUCAACUUGGUUGUAUGGCGGACGCCAGCGAGUGCUUCGAGCAUCUCCUUCUGAGGGUACACGCACAUGUCGCGGCCGGUACUGGCGAUAAGAGAGAGGAUGACGCCUGCAGAGUACCACACUGCGUGCCCCACAGGAAGUUCGCUAUGAUGCUCGUCGAACAAUCAGUCUGUGGGGCCUGCCAAGCCACCUCCGAACCGUUACCUUUCACUCAGAUGGUGCACUACGUAUCAGCGACAGCUCUCACCGCUCAAGCUGCCCUGGGAGAAGUUGGCGAUAGCUUUGGAACCCUUCUGAGGAAGGCCGGAGGAAUGGGGGACGUGCGAGAUUGUCCCAACGCCUGCGGUGCAAAAAUCCAGAUCUGCCGUACAUUAAUGAAUCGUCCUGAAGUGGUUUCUAUCGGUAUGGUUUGGGAUUCCGAUCGUCCAUCGGCCGAGCAAGUUUCGAGUGUGUAUGCAGCACUCGGUACUGAACUAAGACCCACAGACGCAUUCCACGCUUGCGUUGACCGAGCCUGGGCCGCGCGCGCCACACAUCGCCUAGUAGGACUCGUCACAUAUUACGGAAAACAUUACUCCACAUUCUUCUACCACAGCAAAUUGCGACUCUGGAUAUACUUCGAUGACGCCGACGUCAAAGAAGUUGGACCGGAAUGGUGUCAGGUUGUUGAAAAGUGUAGACGAGGCAGAUUUCAACCGCUUCUGCUUCUAUAUGCUGCUAUAGAUGGGACACCGUGUGAUACACGACACGCUCCUAAGGAUGUAGUGCCGUUUCCAGCGCCUGAACCUCGUAGGGCUGUCACUCCAGCUCCGGAAAGACCUGCAGCCGCAUACGCUAGACGAGCUGUUACACCUGGCCCGGAUAACGACAGCGAUUACGUGAACAGAAAAGCUGUUGAGAAUAUGUUUGAGGUCCAAGCUAGUAGACGAGCACAAUUAGGUAGAAGUUUAAGUGCGAGUUCAGCAUCAGAUACCCAAGAACGACCUCGAUCUAGACGUGACUCGGGAAAUUGGAGCGGAGAUAGAAAUAGCGCGUCAUCGACUUCAUCUAAUAAUGAGAGUCCUUACAUGUUCACUCGCGGGCGAGGCUCGGGCAGUAUACCCAGUAGUCCGACUCGAAAGGGAGAACUUUCGAGCGGCGGAUCAUGUGACGCUGGUUAUGAUUCGUAUUCCUUAUCAUCAACUGAUAGCGUUUCCUUACAACAAGGCCUCCGUCAUAACCUACAAUUAGCACAAAUACCUGAAUUGACAACGCGGGGUGAUUGUGAAGCUCUAUGUUUAGAAGCUGAUAGAUUACUAGAAAAAUCUCGCCAUGUUGAAGAUGCGGGGGAGUACGAAAAUGCUCUAGCGCUAUGUGACACAGCAGCAUCCAAAGCACGGGCUGCAAUGGACGCUCCGUACAAUAAUCCCCACACAAUGACGUUUGCUCGAAUGAAACAUAACACUUGUGUGAUGCGAGCACGAAGUCUUCAGCGACGUAUGGCGGGGAUGAUAAGAGCGACUGAAAUACCACAAUCAGCGCCAGUGAGAAACACAAAAGGAGGCCUGGAAAACUCCCCGACAACGAUAGAAAUUUAUGCUACUCUACCUAAAAAGAAGGGAUCAAAGAAAUCACCUAAACCUGUUAUUGACGAUGACUUGGAAACGAUGCCAAGAGAACGACCGCCUCGAUAUAAAUCACGUGAAGAAGAAAAAGUACGAGAAAAACGUUCAAGAAGUGAAGAAAGGUGUCGUGCAAGAAAAGACGCUGUGGUUGUAGUGGAAAAGAAAGAAGAACCCGUCGAAGAUAAAAAGGCCAAUAAAAAGCAACACAAAAUAAGAAGAAAAUUAAUGGGUGGUUUAAUAAGAAGAAAGAAUCGAUCAAUGCCAGAUUUAACCGAAGGAGCUGAUGGAAAAAGCGAUACUAAAAACAAAGAAAUCCGUAUUGUAUCUGUUGACGAUGCGGAUGUUGGCAGGAAAAAGAGUGAAGACAAAACAAAUCUAAGCGGUUACUUGUCUGAGGGACAUCUGGAAUAUUCAGCGGGAAGUGGCACCAACCCCAACUUAGAAAGAAGUAAACUUAUGAGAAAGAGCUUUCAUGGUAGCGCUGGAAAAAUAUUGACAGCAGCUAAAGUACCUCCGCCACCACCACUGCGAACCACUUCUCAGCUUAGCGGGACUAAGUUCGAGGAAGACGGAAUGAAGCAAAACAUUUAUACACCAGCAAAACAAAUUUUGCAAACCGAUAAAGAAUAUUCGUACAGCACACACGAAAAUGAAGAAGACGGCGGAUUCUCUGAACAAUUUGGUGAUGAACCACGAUCUCUACCUUUUCUACCGUUACCUUAUGAUGACAAUCAAGUGAUUCAUUACAACAACAACAGAUUGGACGACUCACCUAACACGUCUCAAAACUUUCAAACUGUCGUUACCAAAGCUAUGAUUCACCACGAACAAAGUCCAGUAAAAAGAGAAAAUGUUUUGAAUAUACCUCCAUCCCACAGUAACGUGCAUAACUUGACGUAUACUAAUGUAUUCGAUAAUGGCGUCGACGUGGUGGACUGUGGUAUGCUCAUGCGAAGAUCGCCGCAGAUGUUCGACCUACCACCCUACCCGAGUCCUUUGAAUUCAGUUAAUCAUUCUAGACAGCAAAGUGAGGAGUUCCCACCACCACCAGAACCAAUAGAUUUAACACCACUACAAGAAGAACUACAUAAAAUUGAGUAUCAAAAGAAUAAUGACAACAUCAAUGGUUACAUUAACAAUUUUAAUAAUAACGAGUCAGAAACUCCAAAGAGUUCACUAUUAGCUGAAUUACAAGAGAAACGGAAUCAAAUUUUCAAACAGGAGACUAACAUGAAACAAAAUCAGUUAGAAAACAUUGGUACAUCUGAUGACAAUUGGCUUAGAGAGUUACAAGCGAAACAAGCUGUACUUAAGCUUAAAAGAUCGGGUUCACUUGAAGGUCAACUGUCCAAUAACCAGGAAAUUUAUACUCAAAAUGCAGACGCUAUCAGAAAUGUCAGAAAUAUGGCUUCAAGAUUCGAAAAUAAUGUGCAUAAUGUGAGCAAUGAAAGUGAACGGAACCAUAGUGGGUAUAUGGGUAUGUCUGGCAGUCGGGAUGUUAUAAAUUGUUCAAAUCAAUCAAACAACAGAAUGUACAAUCGACGCUCAUCAUCAUCUUCUAUUGAUCCAAAGCAAAUGGAAGAAGAAUAUAAUGACCAGAAAUCAAAACCCAAGAAGAAAUCUGUAUCUUUUUGUGACCAAGUGAUAUUGGUCGCUACAGCUGAGGAUCAAGAAGAUGACAGUUAUAUACCGAAUCCUAUUUUAGAAAGAGUCUUGAAAUCUGCGAUGAACAAGCCAGAACUCACCACAGUACCUUUGCAGACCGAAAAGAACUCUCUACAACGGACAGACUCAUUUGACAGCCAGUCUUCAAGAUCUACUAUAUCUUCUGUAUCACAAGCAUCUUAUAGGCAGACUGAUAAUGGACAUGUCGAUUACUAUAGGAUCCAAAACCCAUACCCAACUUACCAAACUCAAACGAGAUCACAACCACAAUACAAUACGCAGAAAAAUAUUCCAACACAAAACACAAAUUCUCCACCGGUAAAUAAUCAAAAUUCUAACAUACAAAAUAACAAUCAAAUAUACAUAGCCGUGCCAACCAAUAAUCCUCUAAAUAAUAAUCCGAUACCAUACAACCACCCACCAGCAGCGUAUCCUAACCAAAAUAACUCAAACUCACCGAAUUAUAGUCAAAAUCCUGCGAAUAGAAUGACCCCUACAUCGCACAAUCAGCUUUACGCGACAAAACAAUUGCAAAGACCAUGCAAUACAUACCAACAACAACCUGCUUCCAUACAAACAAGCAAUCCGAAUGGCAACUAUCAUAGACUGCCUCAACAUCCUGCGACAAAUCAGCUUCAAGGAAUGUAUCAAAAACGACAGUUCACACAAAACGAUAACAACAGGCCGUAUCAAAGUGUGCCAGCAAACUCACCGGCUUACCAAAGCUAUCACAACCCACCGACGAAUUACGUUAACACCGAUUACUCUAUUCGUUAUCCCCAAGUUAAUAGUUCAAUCAAUCACUCGCCGUAUCAAAGGGUGCCGCCUCCACACGGAGAGGUCGGAGAAGAAUACAACAGUGACUACCAGAAAAUAAUCAACAAUCGAUACGACAACAGUCGCACACCUGAUGGAAGGCAUUACGCGAACUCACAACAGAGACCUUACGAAACCGGUCUAGAUAAUGUUAAUAACGAGCAGUACCAAUAUCAAAACGGCUACAAUCCCUACCAACAUCUGGUACAACCGAAACAAAUACAGAAGAAAUCUGUGUCCUUUGAACCUGGGACGAAAGGAGGAACGGAUUCUCCUAUCCCCUCACAGAUGAACGGCAACUAUCAAACAGAAAACCAAACGAAUCCAUCAAUGACAAGUCAUAAGACGCCUUGCAACCUCUGUCGCAAGAAAACCGUCAACCCCCCCGCCAUUUACUGUCCAGAUUGUGACUUUUACAUGUCAAGGUUCAAACCUAGAUCAUAG